AUGUCAGACUCAACCACUCCAUUAGAAGAGCCACCUGUAGCAGAAGUUCGUUAUUCCGGGGAACGUAAUGAAUAUAUUAUACUUGGUAACAAGAAAUAUGCUAGAAACGAGUUGAUGACUGCUUUUGGAGGUACAUUAAAUCCUGGAUUAAGUCCAUAUCCAACCAAUUCGUUCGCUAAUCCAGCACCUUUGGGUUUAGCAGCUUUCGCCUUUAGUACGUUUGCUUUAUCGUUAUACAAUUCACAGGCUAUGGGCAUUACUGUUCCUAAUGUGGUUGUGGGUGCUGCUUGUUUUUACGGUGGUGCUGUUCAGUUCUUAGCCGGUAUGUGGGAACUUCUUUUAGGAAACACCUUUGGUGGUACGGCAUUGACCUCAUAUGGUGCAUUCUGGUUGUCCUACGCCGCCAUAUUUAUCGAAAGCUUUGGAAUUACUGCUGCUUAUGAAGAUAAAGAAAUGCUUAGCAAUGCGAUCGGGUUUUUCCUUAUUGGAUGGGCCAUAGUUACAUUCAUGCUUUGUUUAGCUACUAUGAAAUCCACCUUGGCAUUCUUCUCGUUAUUUUUCUUCUUAACAAUCACAUUUAUUUUGUUGGCGGGUGGUGAAUUUAGUGGUAAAGUAGGUGUUUCGAGGGCCGGUGGUGUUUUCGGAGUUAUAACGUCUAUUAUUGCUUGGUACAAUGCAUUUGCUGGUGCUUCUAACAGACAAAACUCUUACAUUACAUGUCAUCCACUUCCACUUAUUAGGAGUAAGAAAUAG